GGGUGGGUUUGCUCUGGGUUCCGACCAUGUAUGCACCCAAUCGUUUCUUGCUCACGAUAGAGCUCUAAAUGCAAGCAGACAGAGUGAUGGACACGCCGACAGACCGAUCGACCAGUUGCUGACUGGCACAUGUACAAAUAUGUACAUACACACACACACAUCACACAUACAUACAGUCAGUCCGUGUGUGUGUGAGGGCCUGUUGGCGGGCCAUGUGCGUGUGUGGCAACCACGCGGGACCAAUGCAUGUGGUACACAGCGAUCACCAGCCUGCGACCAACUCACACGCACAGGGGGAAGCAAGGAGGGACAAGUUAGAGGGAUGAAAACAGGCGACACGCAAACGUAUGUACCUGAGUACUGAUGCCGUGAGGAACUCCUGAACAGUGACCCAAAGCGAUGACACUGAACAUUCGUCGCACACAUGGUCACACACACAAGACACGUCAGGGAUCAGUUGGUUGAUGAGUCGGUGUCUGACACCCGCAGGUUGUCUGUUCCCCCGAGCAUUCAUUUCAGGCGCCCCCCACCUGGUCCAGCCCCCACAGUGAGCCAGUUGAGCAGAUGGCCGUCAAACCCGACGGGGAUGCGAUGCAGACCUGAACAACCAUACCGGCCGACACAGACAGACAGACCAUCUACUCUCUCCGUGCGUGUCAUUAUUCCGUCUCUGGUGGGGCAGCCUGUCUCACCUGCUUCCACGCCAUUCAUGAUUGUGCUGGCGACGACGGCGGGUGGGAACACACCCGACGCAGCCGCCAAUAUCUCGGUGAUCUGCAUACAACGAUAGACACCCACACCACACCAUACGGUGGACGGACAGACGGGCGCACUAUUUCCCCCAGGGCCUUCCUUGGCUUCCCUCUCAUAUAUUCACCUUUGGCCUGGUCUGUGACUCUUCCCUGAAGCCUGGCGUAUCUGCAUCCCUCCAUCCAUCCAUUUAUUCACACAAAAAAGCGGGCAAGCGUCAUGGAUCGUCUCGUUUCUCUGGUCGGAUGCCCUCCCUCCCUACCCACCUGUGUCAGGUGGGAAGGCGAUGGCCACGUGGACCCCGGAGGCUCCCGCCUCCAUUUCCAGCGCCUCAGAUAGUCCUCGGAGGGCGAACUUGGAAGUGCUGUAGGCCGAGUAGCCGUAGAGGCCCACUUGCCCCGCCUGUGAGCUCACAAACACCACUUGGCCCUUCCUCCGCUGCUUCAUUGACGGCAGGAUGGCUCUGCACAUGUGCACCCCGCCCAUCACAUUGAGGCGCCAACAGUGGGAGAAGUCCGCAGCCGUCAAGUCGUCGAAGGGCUUGGUGACGGUGCCGCCAGCAUUGUUGAUCAGCACAUCUGCAGGAUCCGUCUCGGCCAGCGACGCGCCAUAGGCCAUGACGGCCUCCUCGUCAGUCACAUCCAGCACCUUGCAAACCACCUCCACAGCUGCACUGCCUCUUCCACCGCCGUCUGCCGCCUCCUUGGCGACGUUGUUGCAUUCCUGCGCCGCCUGCUUGAGUGUUGGCUCGUUGCGCGCCACUAGAGUGACCCUCCUGGCCUGCCGCCUGACAGACUCUUUGGCCAACUCGAGCCCAAUGCCCUUGGACGCACCCGUGAUCAGCACGUGACAGCCCCUUAUAGAGAAGCGCCGGAAAGACCAGGCGUGCAGGAGGGCGACCAGUACAGCCAGGCCGCAGAAGAAUGCUAUCAAUUCAGCCCACAUAGAUCUGCACAACUCGAUGCAAACCCUGAUAGAAACACACGGCUGAAGCCUGCAGAUGAGGGCACAGCACACCACGCAGCAGAGGGCCAGGGAGGCAGAACCACGGCUGGCGGUUUCAC